AAACCAAAGAUUAAAACUUACAAUCCUCAAAAGUAAAAUGGUUCUCAAAUAAUUUGCUCUAUAGAUCUUGUGAUAACAGCUGACUAAGGCUGCUUUUCCACCAGAGAUGUGCUAUGGAAGCUGUGGAUGCGUAUGCGAUAUUUAUUGGUACACAUAACUUAGCACUGGUGGAAAUGAACUCAGCUAAGCUAUAUUUUUUAUAUGAAUAAAUGCGUGCUAUAGAUGUGUGCUAUAGAUAGAAAGAAAGAAAAGCUGUUUAUUUUCUGUUACAAAAAUAAUUAAGUAAUUGGUCAAUAGAAAUAAAAAAUUACAUAGAGCUACACAUAUUCCUCGCACAGCUACAUUGCUUAAUAUCAGUGAAAACGGUCACAUAGUUUCACAGCUUAACUAUUGCACCUUCGUAACACAGUUACUAGAUGCAUAAUGAAAUACGUGAAAUACUUAUAGCAUAAUAUUGCAUGGCAUCGCAUAAUAUGACCAUUUGAUCAGUCAGCUAUUUCCACUGAACCUUUCUACCUUUAUUAAAUAUCUUUAUAUUAGUUUUAAAAAAACAUUAAUACUCAUUUGUUAAGCCAUAUCGACCGCACGUUUACCGAGGUGGCUGGACAACCAGCUGCCACGCAACGUGUAGUGGGUUCGAUUCCCGCACUGAGCAAUUCUUUAUGUGAAUCACAAAUAAUUGUUCUGGGUCUGGGUGUCAUGUGUAUGUGAAAUUGUAUGUUUGUAAACACAUCCAUGACACAGGAGAGAAUCCUAGUGUGGAGCAACGUUAUUUAAAAAGAGCUUCUUUUUGUAUUGAAAAAAAUUAUGAACAGGGUACACAGAGGUACACAGAUGGACGUUUGAAAAAUUUGGGUCAUGAUGGAAAACCCACCUAUAAAGUAUUGUAUUACGUAUUAUGAUAAUUAACCGUAGAACCACCAAUACAAUUAGUGUAUUAUAGGAUUUAAUUUACACUCUAGAUUAUCUUUGAAGUAAUAUAUUGGAAUGUAUUAUUUACAUUCCAAACAACGUGAGGUCUCUCCUUCUCGGGUUUGACCCGGCGAAAAUGAGCAUUCAUAUACAUUCCAUAGAAUUUAUUAGGCUCAAAAAUCUUAUUACAUACAUACGUAGUUACAUAGUAUACUUAGAGGUACAUUACAUAGCAAUGCAAUGUAGAUGUAGCAUAAAUAAUAUAGUAAGAUAUUAGAAAAUAAGUGAUUAUUGUGAUUUGAAUUAAAAAAAUAUAUAUUUAUUAAGUUAGUUUGUAAAAAAAUGCCGGGAUUAUUGUAACGUAUGAACGAAUUUAGAGAACGUAUGUGUAAAGAGCUGCUGAACAUAGCUUCACCACGGCUUCAUAGAAAACCGAAGUGAAACAACACCGGGUAGGGGCCCAAUUACCCCCCUUCCCAAUCUUCCCAGUCCCCGAUUCCCCAACAACCCUUUAAUUCCUAACCCCAAAAGGCCGGCAACGCCUCUAAUGUUUCGGGUGCCCCUGGGCGGCGAUGCUUACCAUCAGGUAAACGAGCAGACGGAUCUGCUCGUUCAGCGGCUUAUACCACAAAAAAUAGCUAAUGUUUAUUGGCACCACACACACAAAAAAAAACAUUAAUAAAUAAUAGAUCUUCCCAAUGACUUCCAGAGAAGCCUAUGUUCAGCAGUGGACGUCUUGUGGCUGAUAUGAGGUUGAUGAUGUGUAAGACAUGACUGUGGAGUAAUUCCUUAAUAAUGCUCACUUAAAAUAGUUGUUUCUUUAUAUACUUAGUUUUUGAGUUCGUAGUACAUUUUUGUAACGAGAACAUUAUAGUGUAUUUUAAUAAUAACUAUCGUGAGACAUUCUAAAUAUAAUAAAAACAACGGUUUACUCACGUAACUGUUUACUAGUUUCGAGUCACAGUGGGACUUCCUCGUGAGCAGCGUGCGGCGUGCGCAUACAUGGCGAUGUUGCACAGCCUACUAGUGGUACGUUUUCCAGUAUAUUUACGUUCGUAAACCGUUGUUUUUAGUUAACAAUAUAAGUAUGUGUUCAUAAAACAUGAAAAACAAGUUUUUUUAUGUUUCUCUCUUAUAGUUGUAGUGGUUUAGGGAUUAAAGCCCGCUUCUCGUGCAUGAGGGUGCAUAUAUUCAGUAACAUACGGUAACAUAUUGUAAUACACGGUAACAUACAGUAACACACACCGAAAUGCAAGGCGUUGUUUCACGCCAGUUUUCUGUAAGGCUGUGGUAUAACUCCACUAGCAUAGAAAAGUAGCAUCAGUAGCAUCCAACUACUGUGCUAAUAAUUAAUUAAUUUUUAGUGCCAUACUACUAAUUAAAAUACGUUUUAAUUAUAUAAAAAAUAAAUAAUUUUAGUUAUAAAGUGUACUUGUACUUAUAAUUAUUAUUACCCUACAUCACUUACAUUUGUGUUGGAGCACCGUACGUGAUUGGCCAAAAAUGGAGAGGCUAUAUGUAUAAGAUUAAGAUAAAUAAUACUUAAUAGAAUAGAAUAAACAUUGACAACGAAUGUUAUUAAGUUUUAGUUUUCUUAUGGUUAAUGAAUUAAGUAUUAGGCUACUCAUGAGUGCUAAACAGAAAUGACAAUCAAUACUCAAUGUGUAUUUCUUGUUUAAACAUUAUUUUUAUAAAUAAAGAAGAUUUAAGCAAAACAGACAUUUAUACUCUGGGCUAUUUAUUAUUCAAUAAGUAAACAUAAUAUACUUUCUGAGACUGAACAGAAAAAAGUACCUUAUAUUUUUACUGUCUCGAUUCUUGUUCCAAGUUUGACUCCCAAGUAGAGGGCCUCCCGUGCCGUUCGGCGCGCACCACAAAGAGCCAUCAGACCACAGAUGGGGCCCAGUAGUCUUUAAAAUUAAAGACUAAUUUGUUUUGGCAUAAAUUUGAUUCGCAUAACGUUAAUAGGCCUAAUGACUUAUGUAGGAAAUGGUGGUGGUGAACUUGUAGUGCCCUAUACACACAUAAUUCUGAUCAAACUAAUUUGCUAUAGUUUCUGUAAAAAUUAAGUAAUAAUGUUGGUUAAAAAUUGUAUAUGCUGUGUAACCAAAGUUAGUGACAGAACCGAAUUGCUACAAAACCGACUCCACGUAGUCUUGUUUGUCCUACCCCUAGAGUGUAAUUUAAAAUCGCGUAGCCGCGUAGAAGCGAGGCGGCCCGCGGGCUGAGGAGCAGGAGACUGCUAGCGAGCGAUCUGCUGGUGAGCGAAAGCUGUCUGCGACGAUUAGCACGCGUGGGGCCGCCGGAGGCCCGCAGCGCCAGAGCCAUGACAGAAAACCUGCUACAUGCUGCAAUUUUGUUCGCAUGCUGCUCGUUUUAUUACAUUAUCCAAGUCGUCGAAGAUAUUAUAUAAAAUUGCUAAUUAAAGUGAUUAAUUUUGUGUAAUUUAUCACUUUAUCUAAAUUGAGUGGACAUUAUAAAUAAUUGCUAGACAGUAUAUAUAAUAUCAAGAUUUAUUACUUUGGCUCUAACAUAUAGUCAGACCUAAAUUCUUGAAGAGUUGAUAGUUUCUUCAUUAAUUGAAUAGCAAAAUGUUUUAUAGUUUGUAACCUUCCUCGAUAAAUGAACUAUCUAACACAAAGCUAAUUUUUCAGUUCAAACCAGUAGUUCCGGAAAUUAACGUGUUUAAACAAACAAGUUCUUUAGCUUUAAUAUGAAUAACAAAGUAUAGAUUAAUAAUAAAUAUGCUUAUUAUAAUAUAGUUAUAAGUUAUAUAGACGUAAUAUGUAUAUCACGUUUGUAAUGACUCAUCUAAGUAUAUACAGCUAGAAUCACAUAAAGUAUAAAACCGUCGUCAGUCACAUCGAAGUAAUCAAAAUGAGACUACUUGUGUCAUUUAUUACGACAAUCGUAAUAUUAAUAACAAUUUGUGAUGUAGAAUCAUUCGAUCAUAUGCAACGCCUGUACCAACUGAUGCAUGAAAAAAACAUAACUGCGCCAAAAAUUCGUGAUUAUGGAAAUAUUACCAAACAUUGUAAAAAUACAACGAAAAAGUGUUUAUGGAAAUGUUGCAACUUUGGAGAAUCAGUCAGAAGAAGUAAAUGUAUUCCAAGCAAACUGGACAAUAUACUAAAUGAUGUUGUGAUAUAUGAUUCGGACCUACAGCAGACAGACAAAGAUCUCCUAGACACAUUCCACUUAGUUCCGAAUCAUUUUUCUCAUAAACAGUUCAGGAUAUAUAAAUUUCGUUUAAAUAUUUUAUUUGAAACUUAUUUAUCAGAGAAUGGCAUCGUAAUCAUCGAAAUGUACAACGAGUUUUACCGAUUUUAUAAAAUUGACGUGAACAGUUUCUGUAUAGAUGUAAAUGUAAUGACACAAAAAGUCGUAAUCUAUGGAGUUAUUUAUAAUGAAAAUGACGACAUUCCGGAACUAAAUACAGCUUCACACUAUUACAGAAUAAUAGCGCUGAUACUGUGCACAAUAUUGCUGAUAUUUGUCAUAGCAAUAUACUGCAUCCAUCCACAUCUUCGGGACCUCCACGGCAUGUUAGUGACGACUCUCCUCUGCUGCUACCUCGGCAAAACUACUAUAGAAAUCAUACAUCACAUUAAUAUCAUUCAACGCGAGUUUUAUUCAAUUCUGGAAUCAUUGCAUAUUUUCUUUAAUUUGACCAUAUUUUCAUUCACCAAUGUGAUGUUUCAUAAUGUAUGGGAAUCAAUAAGAUCAGAAAGAAACGCAGUGAAUAUGCGUCAAAAUAAAUUAAAACAAUACUUCAAAUACAUCGCAUAUGGUUUUGGUCUUCCUCUGAUUCUAACAAUAACCAUUUCAAUUAUUAAUUUUAUUGACAUGACAUCUAUUCCAUGGUUUAUUACACCUAAAUUUUAUAGAAGACAGACUUGUAUAGGAAAGGAGAUGAUCUUGUACAUUUAUAUCCCCAGGCUGGUCAUGUUCUUGUACAAUAUAUGUCUAUGUUGUUUAAUUAUACCAAAGGCGUACGAGGGAUUUUUCGGAAGCCUUUCGAUGACUUAUACUACCAACGAAGCGAUCAAAUAUGAUAAAAUAAGAUUCUCGCAAUACAUGAAACUUAUGACGUUUAUGACAAUUUCGGAGGCUGCGAAUGCUUAUAAUGUAUGGUUCAUGAAGCUGUACGGAAUAGUAUCAACUAAUAAGUGGCUUUUAGGAGUCGUCAUUGUUCUCAUAUUUCUACGUGGAAAAAUAAAAGGGUGCUAAAAGAAAAAGUCCUUCAACUUCUGUACGCUAAAAUAUGAUCAGCAUGACAGAGAUGCAAUGAAAACAAUAACAAAAUACAUAUAUCACGAUAAGUGAUAUAAUUUUCUAUGGUAAGUGUUAUAAAGUAACAACUUUCCACGAUUUUCAUUCAUUCUGCAGAAGACAGAAGGUUACAAAUUGCACAAACUAAUUUAAGAUCCUGAGGGGGAGGCCUUUGUCAGCAGUGGACGUCGUCUGGCUAUUGUUGAUGAUGAUGAUUAUGAAUUUAAGAUCUGUACAACAGAAACUAGUGUCAGUAAUUAUUUUUAAGUUUUUAUGUUUUAACUGUAAUAAAUAUGGACCAUGAAAUAAAUUGUAUUAUUUUUUACCCCCGUCGAGA